AUGAUUAUUCCAUGUUUAGCUGCUUCUAAUUCUCAAGAAGCCAAACAACAAAAAGCAACUGCUAUCGCUGGCCGUCUUUUAAAAGAACUUGCUGAUGAACAACUUGCAUCACAUCAUAAAGAACAAUCUUUAGAGAAAGAUGAAAAUAAUGAGCCUAAAACAGAAAAAAUUGAAACACAUUCUUCAACAGAAAGCGAUGAUACUGAUGAUGAAGACAUUGACUUUGUUCCAAUGAUUGAUGAUUUAUAUGAAAUGUAUGCCGCCAAUAAAUAUAAUCAAGAACCUGAUGAUGAAGAAUCGUCUUCAGAACUUAUUGAUAAUGAAUACAUGUUGCCAAUAAAUAGACAACAAUUAUUGAGAUAUUUUGCUGAAGAUGAAGACAAUAGUGAUGAAAAUUUAAUACCAGUGAUACAUUCACCAGUAAUGGAUGAUACUCAAAUGACAGCUGAAAACCAUUGA